UGACCUCCCACAUUUUGAUGGAGGAAUCUAAAAAUGUGAACCCAGCUUUAAGGUCCAAACCAAGUCUCUGCAUGACACAGAGCUGAGCAGAAAACCGUGUUGUGCAUAUCAGCCUAAAGAACUAUAUAUAUAUAUUUUUUUUUUCAUAAAAAUGAAGGAAAUCAGUCGGGAAAAAGACGACCAAAAAAUCCGGAACUAUGACACCAUCACCUCUUUCCUGGGAUCGUGGGGACGCUUUCAGAUGAGGAUUUUUUUAGCGUUGGGCAUCAGCAUCCUCCCAAACGGAUUUACUGGGAUCUACAUCGUUUUUGUAGGCGCCACCCCGCCUCAUGAAUGCCAGAUUCCCGAGAAUAUCAGCAUCAGUGAGAUGUGGAGGAAUGUGUCAGUCCCACUGGAAACAGUCCAUGGCGUCACAAAGCGCAGCUCCUGCUGGAGGCUUAACCUGGAAACAGUCAGGAACUACUCUCAAAAGAACUUCAUCCCAAAUGUGGAUGUGAAUGUCAGUGAAAUUCCCCUGGAGACGUGUUUGGAUGGAUGGACAUACAGCAAAGAAAUCUACCAGUCAACCAUCGUUACAGAUUGGGACUUGGUGUGUGAUAAUGCAUAUAAAUCUCCACUGACCACCUCUAUUCAUUAUGUUGGGGUGCUUGUGGGAACCAUGGCAUCAGGCCAGAUGUCUGACAGGUUUGGAAGGAAACCGAUUCUUUUUGUCAUGAUGGCUCUUCAAACUUUAGCAACGACAGCACAGAUCUUUUCACCCAGCUGGGAGAUCUUCACCUUCAUAUUUUGUCUGGUGGGAGCUGGAGGAUACUCCAACUACACUAUAGCAUUUGUUCUGGGAUCUGAAAUUCUCAGCCCAAAAACUCGGGUUGUUUUUUGCUCCCUGGGCGUUUUUAUGGGCUCAGCUGUUGGCUACAUGCUAAUGCCUGCUGUGGCCUACUUCAUCCGUGACUGGAGAAUGCUGCUGAUCGCAAUGGCUGCAUCUGGACUCAUCUACAUCCCUCUGUGGUGGUUGCUCACAGAGUCUCCUCGCUGGCUGCUUUCUCAGGGGAGAAUAAAAGAAGCUGAAGAAAUUAUUAUAAAUGCUGCAAAAAUGAAUAAAGUCGAAAUCCCUCAGGAUAUUUUUAGACCAGCUGAGAUUGAAGAUGCUUUGUCUAAAAGGGAUGAGAAAACAAAUGUGUUUGUCAUCCUGAAAAGUUGCAAUAUAGCAUCUAUUACAUUGUUGUGUGCCAGUCUGUGGAUAAUCAUCACCCUUAGCUACUAUGCUUUGUUGCUCAACACUUCAAAUCUUAAUGGUGACCCCUACUUGAACUGCUUCCUGUCUGCUGUGACAGAAGUCCCAGCGUAUAUAAUAGCCUUGUUGCUGCUACGGUUCUGCUCCAGGCACCUGUGUCUGUCCUCCACUCUGCUCCUGGGAGGCGUCAUGAUCCUCUGUGUCCAACUCAUUCCCAAAGAUCUGCCCACUGUGGCUGUGCUGCUCGAGAUGUUAGGAAAGUUUGGAGUGACUGCAGCGUUCUGUGUGGUGUAUUCAGUCACAACAGAGCUCUUCCCCACCGUCAUCAGAAACACAGCGAUGGGUUGCUGCUCCAUGGCCGCCCGAAUCGCCACCAUCAUCUCUCCUUUCAUCAUCUAUCUAGGGAAAUACUACAAGGCGCUCCCUUACAUUGUGAUGGGUGUCUUAGCCAUUUGUGGUGGGAUUAUCUGCUUCAUGCUGCCAGAGACGUUUGGGAAAACGCUGCCAGAGACUUUACCUCAAAUACAGCAGAUCUGCAGGAGAAGAAAAGAAAUGGAAGAUGAAACUAUGGAGAAAGAGAACAUUCCCCAAUCUAAAGAAACCAAGUUAUAGUUAUACAUAUAUAUACUGCGUUGGUCUUUCUCUUGACAUAGUUGCACUUCCUUAGUUGUAUUAUAGAUUUUUAAUAUGCAAUAUCAUUAUGACAGUUGAGGAGGGGAGUAAAAGUUUGUCCUCACAACUGCUGAUUCAUUUAUUUACUUAUUUCCUUGUAACUUAAAUGUCAAACAUGUUUUGCUUCAUAUUGACAGGAAAAUGUUAUUUUCCUGAUUUUCCUGAUGAAGAGUGCACAUCCAGCUAUUGUGACAGGGUUCAAAGGUCAAAGUCGAGUUUUGGGUUGGAAAGUUGGGUUUGUGUCUGAAUUAUGAAGCAGAGGACAUCCAAAGACUAACUUUUGAACAUUAAAAUUAUUUAAAGCCUGUCAAACUGCAAUCUUCCUGUCCCCUUACAACAUUAUACGCCUUAAUACUUGAAGAAAAGCACAAACUUCUUCGUUAAGUCGUUUGUUCUGUGACAUAAAAAUGAUUCAUACUUGGCAUUUUCAUGCUUUUUAAUGCUACAAAAUUACAAGAGUUAAAAUCUGCAAGGAAAAUAUUAUAACAUCUAAGUCUAUUUCUCAUCAGUAAAAAGGAUGGACUAGGAAAUACUUCACUGGCAAGAUAGCAUAAAGAAAACACUCUUCAAUAAUUGUACUCUAGAAACCAGAUUUCUAAAAAAAAAAAAAAGUUUCCAUAUAAUUUACAAAAAGAAGUCAGACUUUUGAAUUGCAAGGGUAAUGUGAUUACUUUAAUGUUUUUGCUUAAGCUUUAUUGCUGCGGUAUUGAAGUGCAAAAUGAAACACCAAUCUUAGCUUUUGAUGCUAACAGUGGCAAGCACUAAAACCUGAACACUAGAUUUAGUAAAACCUACCAGAUGUUCUAAGUUCCUCUAGACUUGUUUUUAUUUAUUUAAUUUGACAGUAAUAUGGACACGUUUAGGUUAGUAGUUAAUUUUUAGAAGCCAUUUCCUGAACUAUGGAGAUCUGCCGCCUUACAGCUCAGUGCUAUUAUAAACAGUGACAGAGAAAUAAAUCUUUGUGUCUCAUCUUAUUUAUGCCUCAUGGAAGUCAUGGCUCAUUAAUUCAAUCAAUUUUAAAAAUACUGACAUCAACAAAUCUAAAUUCUGGUUAAUUAUUUUUAUAAGUAUUUUUAUAGUUUAUAAGUACGGAUAACAUGAUGUGCUGAGACGAUUUACAUCCCAUCAGGUCUGGUCAUUGGGGGAAAGCGACGUGUGUAAAUUUAGCUUUAAAUGCUCCAUGAUUCUGGCAGCUGUAGACGGAGAGCGUUGGUUCUGCCUCGGUGUUUAUGGUUACGGACAGAACCGACAACUUUCCACCUGAGCAGUUAUAUCACCUGAGGAUUCUCCUGCACUGCGGAAAAGUUACCUCCACUAAUACAUAAUCCACAGGACAUCGCCCCACUGCAACUCAAACUUGGUAAGUUAUGUUUUUUUUUUUCUUCUUUACUACAUACCACAUGUUUGGUCAGUCAAGCCCCUUCGGUCUAAGAAAUGGUUUGAAUGAAAAGAGGUGGGCUGACGCAGCUAAACCGAUCUCUAUGCUAUGCAGUCAGUAAACAUUCAGUAAAUUAUCUAACAGUGAAAAAUAAUUCAGAAUAAAUGUCUGCUUUUUGCAUUGCUUUGUGGGAGCCUGUUAAACACAGGCGGUUGGUUCCUCUGAAGAGCUGAUGUGAAGUUUGCAUCCUUGCUGUGACAUGACUGACUGCAGCAGCUCACAUUUCUGCACAGACACACACAAGUGUUAUUUUGGGGGCUUAUAUGUCAGCCAUUUGAACCCAAGAAAAUUCUUGUGGAUAGACAUUUCAACAUUUCUAUCUCUAAUCCAAUGACUUUAUUACAAGCAUGACAAACUUUUAUGAUCUCACUGGGUUUUUCCUAAAUAUAUUACAAUCUAAUUUCAUGACACUUGCAAAAAAUAAAAAAGAUAAACUAAUCUACUUAGAUUUUCUUCUUUUAAAAUAUACACAUAUAUUUUCUAGUAGACUAACAUUCAUUCCUUAAACAUGAACUUCAUGUCAAAAGUGUAGGCAUUUAUUUGACAGGACGCCGGCAGAAGUGGAGCAAACCUCCGACAAACAAACGGUGUAAUAAUGGCAGAGGUAGUGGAACUCGAUGCGUUAAUCUGUGUAAUGUACCUUUAGCAUCCCGACCCAAACUCCAUUCCAGUAGAUGGCGGUAAUGCACAUCUAAACGUUUCUUGCCAACUGCCAUAAAAAA